AUGACGCAGGAAACGGUGAUCCUGGACGCGCUCACCGAGCCGUGGACGGCGGACUUGGACGCCAUGGACGUCAUGGUGAUCUCGGUCGGGCACUGGUUCCCCCGCCCAGCCAUGUACUACGACGACGGCGUAGUCUCCGGGGUGGUCUCCCGUCCGGAAGUGAACCGGACCAACAUCGGCGGCGGGUACCUCGGGGCGCACCGCACGGCGAUGCGGAGAACGCUCGAGUACGUGAACGCAAAGUCGACCACGGACAAGCUCGUGGUGGUGGCGACCAUCUCGCCGGCGCACUUCGACGCCAGGUACGGACCAAACCACCGGGACGCGUGCUCGCGUCACAAGCCGUACGACGAGGGGGAGACGGAGGUGUCCGGCGCGGAGGCCGAGCUGAGGAAGGCCGUGCUGGAGGAGGCGGCGGCCGCGGUGGCCCAGAGGCGGAGGUCGGGGCUACGGUUCGAGGUGCUGGACGUGACGAGGCUGGCGUCCAUGCGGCCCGAUGGCCACCCGGGCAUAUACAUCUUCAGGAACGCGUUCGCCGGCCGCCAAGUGCCGGAGACGGUGGCGAACGUCGAUUGCCGCCAUUGGUGUGCACCGGGGCCGGUCGACACGUUUAACGACAUAUUGAUGAAGAUGGUGGCCGCGGCUUAA